AUGCAUCGUUCGAGACGAUGGAAUUCACUUGCGUGGGUAGCGUGGCGAAAGAUCUGUUGGAUUCUGCCGUUUGGUGUGAUUGUAAACGUGUCGCUAUGUUUCGAAUACAAUCUCGACUAUGACUUUUGCGUGAUCGGCAAUCGUCCGCAUGCAAUCGGACGCGCCAGACUUUCUGAGACGGCCAGACAGGACCACAUCAAAAUGGAGGUGAUUCGAUUCACACCGUCGUUGGUUUACUGGUAUUGCUUUCGAUAUUUUCUUACACGUAUCCGUUUUCAUCUCACAAAUGCGCAUAUGUGCUGA